UAGGGUCAGGUCGGUGGUAUGAGGACAUGGGCUGGAUGGUCCUAUAGGGAGGCCGAGGGUCCGGUGGUACUAAAGACAUGGGCUGGGUGGUCCUGUGAGAGCACUAGGUUAUAGUUAUCGCUCGGGGGUCAAGUUGUGUGUUUAAAGAGCACUUCGGGCUUAUUUCCCUAUGAAUGGUUACAGACACCUCACGCAGUAGCCGGUACGGGCACAGUUACCAGGCAGGCAGUGGGUAGUAACACCGAAUUCCUUCUGACCUGUCACUGGCAGAUGCUGCCCACACUUAAUAUGGCGGUAAUAUGUCAGGCUGUGAUCACGUGACUGCACAUCUUCACCUGAUAUUGCUAUGGUAACUGCGUGACAUCUGGGGCAAGGGGAAAAUGGCAGCCGAGGUGGAUUACGAGUCCGUGUUAUGUGUGAAACCCGAUAUCAGCGUGUACCGAAUCCCACCCCGGGCCUCUAACCGGGGGUACAGGGCAUCUGACUGGAAGCUUGACCAACCUGAUUGGACAGGAAGAAUGCGGGUGACAUCCAAAGGCAAAGUAGCUUAUGUGAAGCUGGAGGACAAAGUGUCAGGUGAGCUCUUUGCUCAGGCUCCUGUUGAUCAGUUUCCUGGGCUAGCGGUGGAGACUGUGACUGAUUCCAGUCGGUACUUUGUGCUCAGAAUUCAGGAUGGAAAUGGAAGAAGCGCUUUCAUUGGCAUAGGGUUUUCAGAUCGUGGUGAUGCUUUUGACUUCAAUGUUACUUUGCAGGAUCAUUUUAAGUGGGUGAAGCAGGAGUCAGACUUCUCAAAGGAACCUCAAGGGCAGGACAACCAACCGAAGCUAGAUUUGGGUUUUAAAGAAGGUCAAACUAUUAAGCUGAAUAUUGGGAACAUUAAAAAGCGUGACGGCCCUUGUAAGCCUCGAGGCAAUGCAGGAUCUGGGGGCAUUUCCCUCCUCCCACCCCCUCCCGGUGGUAAAGUCAUUGCACCCCCUGCCCCUGUAGUAACAUCAGUACCUGUUGCCAAUCACGUGACCCCUCCACCCCUGCAGCCUGGCAAAAACACGUCAGCCAGCCCAGACAUCCUGCUGGAUUUGGAUUCUCCAGCACCAGAAGCUAAACCCACUGCUGCCUCACUAGACAUCUGGGGAGAUUUCAACACUGCAUCAAGGUCAGUAUGAAUGCAACCUACCUUCUCCGGCUCCGAACUCAAGCUGGGUUCAGUUCUAGGCUGUGACAUAGGAACCUGCAUUUCCCAGGAGAGUACAUUGUCCUUUCUGCGUUGAGAGUCACCAAAGUCGCUGUGUGACUCAUUGUGACGUUUUUAUCAUUGAGGAGCUGUGUGGGGCUCAGAGUGGCAUUUGCUGCAUCUCUUCUUCCCUUCAUUAUACUGCUCCUCCUGUCUGUGCUCCCUGCAUGGGUUGGGUCCAUUAGUCCAGCCUGACGAGUCUCAUUCCUCACCCUAGCUCUGCUCCCUACACAUUCAUUCCCUUGUAUGUGAUCCCCUUAGUCAGUGCAUGGGCUGGGUGGAUUGGCAUUGCUCAACCUGGCACUCUGCGUAAUUAGGCUGGCUUCCCCACCACACUGCCAGGCAUGCCAACCGGAUGUGACGGAAAUGUCUGUGAUAUCAGGGCACCAAUGAGGAGUCUAUAGCUGCCACUACCCACUCUGGAUGGGAUCUCUCUGUCUGCUGGUGGAUUAGCAGGGGAUACCCAGCACUGGGGGCAGGAUUAAUAUGUCUGUGUCUUGUCUUGUAACCAUGAAACUUAUUUAUUAUUAAAUUGUGAACAAACUGUAUAUAGGAAGAAAUAAACUGACUAUGCUGUA